AUGUCAUAUCUGCUCUCGCACCUGCACUCCGGCUGCGCCGUGGACCAGGCCAUCCUCGCCGAGGAGGAGCGCCUAGUGCUAAUCCGCUUCGCCCACGACUGGGACGAAACUUUUAUUUACGGCCAAAUGGAUGAGGUGCUGUCAGGGGUGGCUGAGACCAUCAAGAACUUUGCCGUGAUCUACCUUGUUGACAUCACCGAGGUUCCUGACUUCAACACCAUGUACGAGCUGUACGACCCGUCAACGGUCAUGUUCUUCUUCCGCAACAAGCACAUCAUGAUUGAUCUUGGGACAGGAAACAACAACAAGAUCAACUGGGCAAUGAAAGACAAGCAAGAGUUUGUUGACAUCGUGGAGACUGUUUACAGAGGAGCUCGUAAGGGCCGUGGUCUGGUGAUUGCUUCCAAGGAUUACUCCACCAAAUACCGGUACUGA